AAUGGAAAAAAUGGUCACUGGUAUAUGAAAUUAGAAAAAUUGAUGGAACAAAACAAGAAGCAAAAUGAAAAAAACGCGUUACUCAAAUUCAAUAAAAAAAAAUCCGAUUUUUUCCAAAUUGGUGUAAAUGGAUAGAAUUGUAGAGAGUUGUUUCUUACAAUCAUUUCAUAAAUUUUUUCAGUUUUUUUUUUUUGUAAUUUUCCCCUGAAUUUCAGACAUUACUCAUAAUUUUGUGGACAAUCAAGAUCCAAAAUUGAAGUUAUAGAUGAUUGAUUCUUCAACGAAUCGUUUCUGGGUCGGUGUUAUUUUCCCUUCAUAUAAUCUCUAUUAGCUACUUCCCAAAAAUCCCCUUUUUUUAUUUUUGAUUGAGUUAAGGAGGAUCCAAUUGUGAUUUGUGUGUAAAUUUGUGAUUUUGAUCAGCAUUUCAUGGAACUAUAUGGUUGAAUUUUCAUCUGGUUUUGUUUGAUCGGUUCAAGAAUUUAGUUUUUUUUUUUGGAGAUGGGGUUGACCUUUUCAGUUGGCAAUUUUGAAUGAAGCCUUUUUCAUUUUCUUGUAUGUGAUGUGAUUAUGCAGAAAGGUAGGAUAUUGAUUUUGACUACUUUGAUAGAGGUGAAUUUUGAUUGAUAUUUAUUCAAGUGUGGAUUCGGAUUCGCUGACAAAGUUGUUGCAUAGAACCACAGAUUGCCUGAUUGAUUUCAGAACUUGAGUUGCGACUUACAAGUAUAGCAACUUGGGAUCUCCAAAGUUGUUUAUAUCUUGUUAUUCUGAACAUGGUCUGUUAGGAUUGGCAAAUGGGAAAAUUAUGAUGAAUGCGGAAGCUAGAUUGUUUGUCGAUGGAUGCAUUAGACAAGACCUUUUCUGAGCUUGUCAGCAUUAUUAAAUCAUGGAUACCCUGGCAAUCUGAGCCAGCAAACGUGUCUCGUGAUUUUUGGAUGCCGGAUCACAGUUGUGCAGUAUGCUACGAUUGUGAUUCCCAAUUCACCUUAUUUAAUCGCAGACACCAUUGUCGUCUUUGUGGACGAAUUUUCUGUUCCAAGUGUACAACAAACUCGGUUCCUGCCCCAUUUAGCAGCCAAAGGAAUUCUUGGGACGAGUGGGAAAAGAUCCGUGUAUGCAAUUUUUGUUAUACGCAAUGGGAGGAGGGCAAAGUCUCUUUUGAUAACAGUGGUCAGGUUUCUAAUCUAGAUCGUACAAUGUCAGCUUCGAGUGUGGCUAGUAGUAAAUCUAGUGCCACUGCUAAUAGUAGUAAUGUUACUCUUUGCUCCAUGCCUUAUUCAGUUGGUUCUUAUCAUCAAAUACAACAGGGUUCAUGCGUGAAUAAACUAUAUCAAUCACCUAAGAAGGGAAAAGAAACUGAUAGGGAAGGUUUAUCAUCCUUAGGAGGUUUGUCAUCCUUAGGAGGGAGGAAUAUUGAUCCUGUAGAAGACCUAGGGGACUCAUUACCAAAGCAAUGUGAGUUCUCCAUGAGCAGGAGUGAUGAUGAUGAUGAUGAGGAGGAGGAUGAUUAUGGUGUAUAUCCGUCUGAUUCCGAUACGAGGCAAUAUCCUCAAGUGAAUAGCUACUAUGGACAAGCUGUGCUUGAUGGGAUAAGCAACAUUGAUGGCUCACAGAAAGUGCAUCCCGAUGGAGAAAAUAUUGAUGCAAAACUCUCUUCAAAUUACAAUUUUGAUGCAGGGGGUUUGGAAGGAAGACCAGUUAUUGCAAAAAAUGAAGAUGAGCCUGAUAUCUGUGAUGAAAAUGAAGCACCUUCCUCGUUAUAUGUUUCAGAGGAUGUUGAUGCUGAACCUGUUGAUUUUGAAAAUAAUGGACUCCUGUGGCUCCCUCCAGAACCAGAAGAUGAAGAAGAUGAUCGGGAAGCUAUUUUGUUUGAUGACGAUGAGGAUGAUGGUGGGAAUAACACUGGAGAGUGGAGUUAUAAGCGCAAUUCAAAUAGUUUUGGAAGUGGGGAGUUUCGACACAAAGAUAGGUCAAAUGAGGAGCACAAGAAGGUAAUGAAGAAUGUAGUUGAUGGACAUUUUAGGGCUUUGGUAUCGCAGCUGUUACAAGUUGAGAACCUACCGGUUGAAGACAAUAACGAAAACAGUUGGUUGGAAAUAAUCAUAUCUCUGUCAUGGGAAGCUGCUAAUUUACUAAAACCAGAUAUGAGCAAAGGCGGAGGGAUGGACCCGGCUGGUUAUUCGAAAGUCAAAUGCAUAGCAUGUGGGAGCCGCAUUGAAAGUGUGGUGGUUAAAGGAGUUGUUUGUAAGAAAAAUGUGGCUCAUCGGCGAAUGACGUCAAAAGUGGAUAAACCUCGCAUGUUGAUCCUUGGAGGGGCUCUUGAAUACCAGCGUGUUACCAAUCUCUUGUCUAGUGUAGAUACCCUAUUGCAGCAGGAAACGGACCAUCUGAAAAUGGCAGUGGCAAAGUUAGCUUCAUUCAAACCACAUAUCCUUCUGGUAGAGAAAUCAGUUUCUCGAUAUGCACAGGAGUAUCUUCUUGCAAAAGACAUAACACUGGUUCUGAAUGUAAAGAGAUCUCUUUUAGAGCGCAUAGCACGUUGCACAGGCACUCAAAUAGUGCCUUCAAUUGAUCAUCUUUCAUCACAAAAGUUGGGUUACUGUGAAAUAUUUCAUGUUGAAAAGUUUCCCGAAGACCUAACUCCUGUUAGUCAGGGUGGGAAAAAACCAGUGAAAACAUUGAUGUUUUUUGAAGGUUGCCCAAAACCAUUAGGUUGCACAAUUUUACUUAGAGGAGCUGACAUGGAUGAAUUGAAAAAGGUGAAGCAUGUGGUUCAGUAUGCAGUUUUUGCAGCUUACCAUUUGGCGAUGGAGACAUCUUUUCUUGCUGAUGAAGGAGUCUCCCUACCAGAACUUCCAUUAAACAGUCUGGCUCUUCCGAAUAAGUCAUCAUCUAUUCAAAGGUCCAUCUCAACAGUUCCUGGUUUUACUGUUCCUGGCAAUGAAAAUCCCCAGGCCCUUGAACCUGACACUGGACCACGAAGAACGAAAAGUGUCACAGUUGCUGAACUAGCCUCCUCAAUUUGCAAUACAGGAUCCUUGUCUAAUGUUUCUUCUCGAUCACUGCCACCUGGAACAAUUCUUGAUGAUUCAAGUAUCUUGUACUCCUCCAUUGUUGGCUCAGGAGAAGACAUUCCCGAGUUGUACCAUAAUAAUCUUCUUUCCAAACAACCUCUGGUGAAAGAAACUUCUGUGGUGGAUAACACUCCGGUAGUCAUGGAUGACUCCUUUGUAAAUGAUUCUGAUACUGCAGAGAAAAUAUAUCAAGGCAUUUUAGCUGGAAAAUCUCAAAAUGAAAAUGAUCAUAGCCAAAUCUACGCAAAUCAAUUAAGUGGUUCAGAGUCGUUAUCUCCAAAUCAUGCUCAAAACCAUACUGAGAAGAUUGUAAUCACAAAUGAAGAAGUUCCUCAAAAAGAAGAGUUUCCUCCAUCACCCUCUGACCAUCAAAGCAUUUUGGUGUCAUUGUCCUCGCGGUGUGUAUGGAAGGGAACUGUGUGUGAGAGGUCCCAUCUAUUUCGAAUUAAAUACUAUGGAAGCUUUGAUAAACCAUUGGGUCGGUUUCUGCGAGACCAUUUAUUUGAUCAGAGUUAUCGAUGCCAUUCUUGUGAUAUGCCAUCAGAAGCACAUGUGCAUUGUUAUACUCAUCGGCAGGGAACACUUACCAUAUCAGUCAAGAAACUACCAGAAAUUAUCCUUCCUGGUGAAAGGGAGGGAAAGAUUUGGAUGUGGCACAGGUGCUUGCGAUGUCCAAGAAUCAAUGGCUUUCCUCCUGCCACACAGAGAAUAGUAAUGUCUGAUGCUGCUUGGGGUUUAUCAUUUGGAAAGUUUUUGGAGCUCAGUUUCUCAAACCAUGCUGCAGCCAGCAGGGUGGCAAGCUGUGGCCAUUCUCUACACAGAGAUUGUCUUCGUUUUUAUGGAUUUGGGAAAAUGGUUGCUUGUUUUCGAUAUGCAUCAAUUGAUGUACACUCUGUCUACCUUCCCCCACACAAACUGAUUUUUGAUUACGGGAAUGAAGAUUGGAUACAAAAAGAAUCAAACGAGGUUCAAUAUUUGAAGUCUUGGAUUUUAAAAUUUGGUUGUAUGAAAGUGAAUCUAAUUUCUGGUUGUUUACAGAUGGUCAACCGGGCGGAGCUUUUAUUCUCCGAAGUACUCAAUGGUCUUAGUCAAAUUGGAGAGAAAAGAUCUCCGGGUGUAGCCCAAGGCAAUAGUGGCCAUAAAACACCUGAAUUAAGACGCCAAGUUGGUGAUCUGGAAGGGUUGUUGCAAAGGGAGAAACUGGAAUUUGAGGAAACUCUUAAAAAGAUUUUGAACCAAGAAAAGAGAAAUGGCCAACCUGGGAUUGACAUUCUGGAAAUUAAUCGAUUGUGGAGGCAGUUACUUUUCCAAUCAUACAUGUGGGAUCACCGCCUUAUUUAUGCAGACAGCUUAGCUAAUUCCAACAAUGAAUCUGGUCAAAGCAGUCCAGUUUCAGAGGAUAAGGAAAUACCUAAUGAUGAAAACGUGACGACUGCGGUCUCCUUGGCAGGAAGGGGAUUCAGUAGUGCCGACUCUAUUCAUGGAGUAGUUGAUGCCAAAAGUUCUCAGUCAGAUGCAUUUCAUCAAGAAGUUGACAUGGCCAAAAAUAAGCAAAACGAGAAAGAAGAACAUAAUCUUUCAAACAGCAAAAGCACAAAUGACCAUUCUGACCUUAUAGAACCUGAAUUGGGUGUUCGAAGAGCUCUCUCUGAGGGGCCAUUUCCUGUCGUACCUAGUUUGUCUGAUACACUUGAUGCAAAAUGGACAGGUGAAAACCAAAAGGAUAGCACAUCUGUAAACCCUGAUAUAUCUAUGGCAGAUGCUUUGACGCCCACUAUACAAAGAGAAACAUCCUAUCUUGGGGAUCGCACAGAAGACCAGAGCAGCUCCAAGAGUUUUUUUUCUGCUCCUAAAGGUCACGAUAAUAUAGAAGACUCUUUAAGCUGGUUAGGAAUGCCCUUUGUAAACUUUUAUCGCCAAUUUAACAAGAAUUUGUUUGCUAGUAGCCAGAAGAUUGAAACACUAGCGGACUACAAUCCUGUUUUUGUAUCGUCCUUCGGGAAGCUGGAACUCCAAGGUGGUGCAAGGAUGCUUCUGCCAAUCGGUAUUAAUGAGACUGUAAUUCCAAUAUAUGAUGAUGAACCCUCGAGUAUUAUAGCUUAUGCCUUGAUGUUACCGGAGUAUCAUUCCCAAUUAUCUGACGAAGGAGAGAGACCGAAAGAAGGAAUUGAGUUGGCAUCAUCCUUUUUUACCGACUCUGUUGCCUUCCAGUCGUUUUCAUCUGCCGAUGAAUCUGCUUUUGAUUCUCAGAAAAGUUUCGGGUCGAUCGACGAUAUGAUAUUGUCCAUGUCUGGGUCUCGUAACUCGUCAAUGUUGGACUCGUUGUCUUAUAGUAAAGCUAUGCAUGCUAGAGUUUCCUUCGGAGAAGACGGUCCCCUUGGAAAGGUAAAAUAUUCUGUGACUGGUUACUAUGCGAAGCGAUUUGAAGCCUUAAGAAGAGUCUGUUGUCCUUCAGAGCUCAACUACAUAAGGUCUCUAAGUCGCUGUAAGAAAUGGAGAGCUCAAGGUGGGAAGAGUAAUGUAUUCUUUGCAAAAACCUUGGAUGAUCGAUUUAUCAUCAAACAAGUUACCAAAACAGAACUUGAAUCGUUCAUUAAAUUUGGUCCUGAAUACUUCAAGUACCUUUCUGAAUCCAUAGGAACAGGAAGUCCAACAUGCCUGGCAAAGAUUCUUGGCAUAUACCAGGUUACGUCAAAGCAUCUUAAAGGAGGUAAAGAGACAAGGAUGGAUGUUUUGGUUAUGGAGAAUCUUCUAUAUAGGAGGACCGUGACACGACUUUACGAUCUCAAAGGAUCUUCCAGGUCUCGGUAUAACGCAGAUAGUACAGGGAAAAACAAAGUUCUGCUGGACCAGAACUUGAUUGAAGCAAUGCCAACUUCUCCUAUUUUUGUGGGAAACAAAGCAAAACGACUGUUAGAAAGAGCGGUCUGGAAUGAUACAGGUUUUCUUGCAUCAGUUGAUGUAAUGGACUAUUCAUUACUAGUUGGAGUGGAUGAAGAAAAGCACGAGUUAGUUCUCGGAAUAAUUGAUUUCAUGAGGCAGUAUACAUGGGACAAGCAUCUUGAAACAUGGGUGAAAGCUUCAGGAAUCCUUGGAGGACCAAAGAACACAUCACCAACAGUUAUAUCACCAAAGCAAUACAAGAAAAGGUUUAGGAAAGCAAUGACAACUUACUUUCUCAUGCUUCCGGAUCAAUGGUCUCCGCCAUCUAUGAUACCUAGUAAUUCUCAGUCUGAUUUAGGUGAAGAAAAAGAAAAAGAAAGCAAUACACAGUCUAGGACUUUAGCUGAAUGAUUCUUUCUUUUAUGUGUUUUUGUAAAUUUUACUUCCAUUUUUGGGAAUCAUCGACUCCCUCCAUAUUUUUUGUUUAUGAUUUUGCAAAUUAUAUAGGAAUUCUUUUGGUUCAAUUGUAAUUUGGUCAACUAUAGAUAUUUACAAAAAAUUGAUAGAAAGGUAUAUACACAGAGGGGCUGUUAGAAGCCACAUGGUGUUUGUUUGUCUGAGGUAAAAAGUAUUUGAUGACCUCUGGAUGAAAUCUAUGUAUGUACAAAAAACAUAUAGUCAUGUUUCCAGCAUCAAGUUAUAUACAUGUAUAAUUUUUCAGACUUGCUCUUCA